AUGAGGGGGAGCAACAUGCUCAGCUCCAGUGGGAGCAACAAAAGGGCGCUGCAGCAGGAUUGCAGUGGCGGCAGCCAUGCCCAGGAGCACACCAAGAAGAAGUCUCGCAUUGGCAUGAGAACAGACUACACAUAUGCACCGUAUCAUGAUGGAUUCCAGUGGAGAAAAUAUGGGCAGAAGGUGAUCCGGGGCAAUGCCUUCCCAAGGUGCUACUACAGGUGCACGUACCACCAGGAUCAUGGCUGUUCGGCGAGCAAGCACGUGGAGCAGCACAACUCGGCGGACCCGCCGCUGUUCCGCGUGGUCUACACGAACGAUCACACAUGCAGCGGCGCUGCUGCUUCCGCAUCGGACUACAUGGCCUCAUCGAUGCAAAUCCAGCAGAUCGCUGACGCCUCUCUGAGAAAGGCCGACACGGAAGCGGAAAGGCCGCCGCGCCCGCAGCAGCCUCGCUCCGGCGGUAGCUAUGCCGCGGCGAUAAAAGAGGAGAAAGACGCCAUCGUCUCCUCCCUGCUCACCGUCAUCAGAGGCAGCUGUGACGUUGUGAAAUCUGACACUGCGCACGAGGGCUACAGCAGUGCGUCGCUGGCUACUAACUGCUACGCGAUGUCAUCCCCGUCGGUGGCCGGAGGUAGCCGUGAGGGUAGUAGCAGCUCUUCGGUUUCGCCAGUGGUGCUGCCGGCGCCAGAUGACAUGGGAUUGGGACUGGACUUCAUGGUGGAGUCCCACUGGUUCGAGCCUUUGGAUUUGGGUUGGUUCGUAGAAUAGUUGAG